GCACGUGGGCGGGGACAGCUUCUCGGGAUCUGCUAGGUCGGGUUCCACGCGUAAAGGCUGUGUUGACGCGGAGCGGGACUGGAGAGCCGAGCCCUUGGUGGGUAGUCGCUCCCGGUCUCCGGGUACACCACCGCCUCCACCGAGGGGCUGAGGGCGCCGUGCAGGCCAGCAGCAGCCACAUAGUCCCCAGCAGACUGAGAAAUGAGGAAAAUACCAAACCAUGGAACCCUGCGGAUGACAAAGGUGGCAUACCCCCUCGGGCUGUGUGUGGGCCUGUUCAUCUAUGUUGCCUAUAUCAAGUGGCACCGGGCCUCUGCUGCCCAGGCCUUCUUCACCAUUGCUGGAGCUGCCUCAGGGGCACGGUGGACCCAGCAGGCCUUCAGCUCCUCAGACUCAGCUACGCAUAGUCACGAGGUCUUCUAUGGGAUCAUGUUUGACGCUGGGAGCACCGGCACCCGAAUCCACGUCUUCCAGUUUGCCCGGCCACCUGGAGAAACUCCCACCUUGACCCAUGAGACCUUCAAGGCACUGAAGCCUGGGCUUUCUGCUUAUGCUGAUGAUGUUGAAAAGAGUGCUCAGGGGAUCCAGGAGCUUCUGAAUGUUGCUAAGCAACACAUUCCAUAUGACUUCUGGAAGGCCACUCCUCUGGUCCUGAAGGCCACAGCUGGUUUGCGCCUGCUGCCAGGAGAAAAGGCUCAGAAGUUGCUGCAAAAGGUGAAGGAGGUAUUCAAGGCAUCACCUUUCCUUGUAGGGGACGACUGUGUCUCCAUCAUGAACGGCACAGAUGAAGGUGUUUCAGCAUGGAUCACUGUCAACUUCCUGACAGGCAGUCUGAAAACCCCCGGAAGCAGCAGCGUGGGCAUGCUGGAUUUGGGCGGAGGAUCCACUCAGAUCACCUUCCUCCCCCGUGUCGAGGGUACCCUGCAGGCCUCCCCGCCUGGCCACCUGACAGCGCUGCAGAUGUUUAACAGGACGUACAAACUGUAUUCCUACAGCUACCUGGGGCUAGGACUGAUGUCGGCACGACUGGCUAUUCUGGGUGGUAUGGAGGGGAAGCCUGCUGAGAAUGACAAGGAACUGGUCAGCCCCUGCCUGUCUCCCCGGUUCAAAGGAGAGUGGGAGCAUGCUGAGGUCACCUAUAGAAUUUCAGGACAGAAGGCAGUGGGCCUCUAUGAGCUGUGUGCCAGCAGGGUGUCAGAAGUCCUCAGAAAUAAAGUACACAGGGCGGAAGAGGCGCAGCACGUGGACUUCUAUGCUUUCUCCUACUACUAUGACCUUGCGGCGAGCUUUGGCCUCAUAGAUGCAGAGAAAGGAGGUAGCCUUGUGGUCGGAGACUUUGAGACAGCAGCCAAGUAUGUGUGCCGCACCCUGGAGACACAGCCACCCAGCAACCCCUUUGCCUGCAUGGACCUCACCUACAUCAGCCUGCUGCUCCAUGAGUUUGGUUUUCCCAGGGACAAAGUGUUGAAGCUGGCUCGGAAAAUCGACAACGUUGAAACCAGCUGGGCUCUGGGGGCUAUUUUCCAUUACAUCGACUCCCUGAAGAGACAGAAGACUCCUGCCUUGUAGCAGCCAAGCCCUAGUCUCCACCCUAGCCAGAACUCCAAGGCUCCCAACUCUGUCCUGGAAGUGACACCAUCCUUGAGGAGCCUGCACCUGGCAGAGGUCCUCCUCUGUGCUGGCAAUGUCAUCUCCUGCCGAUUUGCCUGGGACGUGGCCCGUGUAACUAGCCCCACUACACCUCACUAGCUGGGGAAGGACCAGGGUGGGAAUGCUUCCUGGCCUGAGGCCGUCUCCCUGCCUUGCCUCCAAGUGAGCAGGGAUCCAGGCGGGGCCCAGGGCACAGACUGAGAUGCAGCCCUGUUCUUAGCCCGUCCACCUGCAGGGUUGUGGCUGCUUUUAUGUGUUUCUGUGUGGGUCUUGUUUUGUCUCCCAGCCCCUGUUCCCUCAUGAGCCAGGCCUCUGUCUGCCUUCCCUGAGUUGUGGGAGGUGGAGUAGGCUGGCCCAGACACAGUGCAAUAUCUUCAGUGCACACAUCUCUUCCUCAGGAUAGUCACGGCAUUACCUGGAGGUCUGCUCUUCCAUCUCUGGAUGGUACCGCAUUAACUGAUGUGGGGACACUGAGUAGGAAGAAGGUGGGACAAUGCCUCGCAUCAGGCCCAGUGUUCCAGCUUUGCAGAGCAUAUGGCUAUGAGCAGAGCUAUACGAAUGUUCAAGGCCGAGUACUCAAGCACUACCCUGUGAACUGGGAGUGCUUUGUGUUAAAACUGAGCCCCCUUUCUGGACACAGCAAUGUCCCAGUGAAUGUAUUGCUGCUAUGAGCCACUUACACCAGUGGGGUGCUCUGGAACCGUAUUGCCCCCACCCCACCCUCCUCACUGGGCUGCAGCUGGCUCCCUGUGGUCCCCUCAGUGAAUGUACAGUCUAUAGAAUAAGCUGAGUCAUGUUGUUCCACCCUGAAUAAAGGUUUACAAGGGUU